UAUGGCACUUAGACUAUUGAUCACCGAAGAGUAGCCGAACCCGGACCACCAGGUGGUCUAGAUACAUUAACUUCUUUUAGUAAAUCUGUCUUAAGACCCUGAAGUUUUUGGGUGUUUGGAGACGAGUUUUUGACAGCUAGGGAGAGAAAUGGCGUCGUGGAAUUCAUUUCCCCUCGAGGUGUUAUACAACGUUUUGGGAUGGCUCGCUUUUUUCUCUUGGUCCAUCAGUUUUUACCCCCAAGUCAUCCUAAAUUUCCGCAGGAAAAGUGUGGUGGGACUGAAUUUCGACUUCGUGGUGCUGAAUUUAACGAAGCACUCGUCGUAUCUGAUCUACAACGCCUCCCUCUUCUUUAGCCCCGUUGUUCAGAGGCAAUAUCACCAGAAAUAUGGCUUCCAAGAGAUGAUACCUGUAGCUUUAAAUGAUGUAGCGUUCUCAAUACAUGCUGUUCUACUGACUGCCUUCACCUUGUUCCAAAUUACAAUCUAUGAGCGUGGAAAUCAAAGGGUCUCAAAGACGUGUAUUACAAUUGUUUCUGUUGCAUGGUUAUCUGCUGCAGCUUGUGUGUUCAUAGCUUUGCCAAGCCAUUCCUGGCUUUGGCUAGUCUCCUGUUUUAACACAUUGCAGGUUGUCAUGACAGUAGUCAAAUAUAUUCCCCAGGCAAUUAUGAACGUCCGGCGGAAGAGCACGGUUGGAUUUAGCAUUGGCAACAUUUUACUUGAUUUAGUUGGAGGGCUGGCAAACUAUGGGCAAAUGGCUGUGCAAUCUAUAGAUCAGAAUUCCUGGGUAAACUUCUAUGGGAAUAUGGGGAAGCUGUUGCUAUCCUUGGUGUCCGUCUUCUUUGAUGUGCUCUUUAUAUGUCAACAUUAUGUGCUCUAUCCUUCCAAGAAAAUGGUGAUAUCUCCUAAACUUGAUGUGGUAAGCAAGGAGCCACUUCUUGAAUCUGCUGAUCGUCCUCAUUCAGAGAAUGUCUAGUUUAGCUUGUCCUGAAUAUAUUUAUCUAUGCCCAUAAUUUCAUAUAAAAUUAGUACAAUUCUUGUGUUGUUCCUUUCUUCAUCUCACGUAAUCCUUAUGAUCUUCUUCAUUUAUGUAUAAUUAGUUGCACCGUAGUGUAAAAGUUUCAUGCAGAAGUAGCGUAAAGAUUAUGAUUGAUGAACAAAUAUGUAUAGAAAAUACCAUAUAUAUAUCCAACUUUAGUAGUGUUUCUUUA